UAGUCUUCAAACCCCAACGUGAUAUAAUGUAAACGGUGGGUUAAAAUUAGAAUAAAAGGGAUAUUUCGAAGGAUCAUGAUUCUUUAUUUGUGAAUUGGUAACAAGUCGAUUAGCGUAGACAAUUAUAGAAAGCGAAGAUCUAAAGGUCGGCCUUUGCCUGGAGGCGAGGAAGGCUAUGCCGUUUGGCAUUAAGGGUUCUCUUCCUCUUUUCACAACCCCCUUUUCUAUGUUUAAAGGCUUAUUCACAGCAUGGAAGGCAUGGAAUCAGUGUGUUUUGGAUGUGGGCAUUAUCAAGAACGAGUUCUAUCAUUCCGUGGAAUCCUCUGGCGAUUUGGUGUUCUGUGUGACUUACUUUUUACAGCUUUUGUUGGCUGUACUUAACAGAUUGUACUUAGUUCUGCAAGCACAACAGAGGUUCUCAUGCAAGUCUUGAUUGGCAAAAGCAGCAUCUGCUCAAUAUUGUCAAAUAAUUUUCAAUUCAAUAAAUAGUAUCUCAUUUAAAAAAAUUCAGGGUAAGGGAAUAAAAUCGCUGUUUUCCAGUGUCAAGAUCUUUCUUGGUUCACAGCUGGAGUUUUAUCUACUCUAUGAUCCUUUUAAUGGAGGAGGUGUAUAAACCUAUGAAUUUGAUAUGCAUUGCAACUUGGGCCAUGGACCUUCUGAUCACAGCAAUUAUAUGAUUGGUGAGACAAGGGCAGGAAUGCUGACUAUUAUAUGCAUGUAUGCUUUCUGCACCAAAGGGUGAUGCAUGAAAUCACCUAGAUACUAGAUGGUUGUUUAAUAAGAACAAAAAUUCCAUUACCAGACAUUGGCGUGAAGGAGAUGUCAAUUGCUGGUUGGAAGUUAAUGGCUGUUGUUUACCAGCCAGUUAGAAUUUUUACUGGUAUAUUAAUAGGCUUAUACCUUUUAGAAGUCAUAGCAGGGAGCCAGAUAAAACACCAUAGCUUGCAUAUCUGUGCCUGUGGAGGCAAUUUUGAGAUGAAUAAAAAAGAUCUGAGUCAUUGAAAUCUCUUCUCUCAAGCACUAUUAUCCAAGAACCAAUGGACCGGUACAAGGUUAUUAAGGAGGUGGGAGAUGGCACCUAUGGGAGUGUGUGGAGAGCGAUUAACCGGUCUACUAGUGAAAUUGUUGCAAUUAAGAAAAUGAAAAGAAAAUAUUAUUCCUGGGAGGAAUGCAUGAAUCUCAGAGAAGUUAAAUCUCUUCGGAAAAUGAACCAUCCUAAUAUAGUGAAGCUGAAGGAGGUCAUCAGAGAAAAUGACAUUCUAUAUUUUGUUUUUGAGUAUAUGGAAUGCAAUUUGUACCAGCUAAUGAAAGAUAAGGUCAAGCUUUUUCCAGAGUCAAAGGUACGGAAUUGGUGCUUUCAAGUAUUUCAAGCCCUUGCUUAUAUGCAUCAACGUGGAUACUUUCAUCGUGACCUUAAGCCUGAAAAUCUGCUGGUUACAAAAGAUGUUAUCAAGAUUGCUGAUUUUGGUCUUGCACGAGAGGUCUGCUCAGAGCCACCAUUUACGGAAUAUGUAUCAACACGAUGGUAUCGAGCUCCUGAAGUCUUGCUACAGUCCUCUUCCUAUGGCUCUGCUGUAGACAUGUGGGCUAUGGGAGCUAUCAUGGCUGAGCUAUUUACUCUUCGCCCUCUUUUUCCUGGGUCCAGUGAAGCAGAUGAGAUAUACAAAAUCUGCAGUGUAAUUGGCAGUCCUAAUAAUCAGUCUUGGUCUGAAGGCUUAAGACUUGCUAAUUCUAUCAAGUAUCAAUUCCCGCAGUUUAUUUCCACCCAUCUUUCUGUCCUGAUACCAACUGCAAGCCCUGAAGCUAUUGAUCUGAUGGCUUCACUUUGUGCAUGGGAUCCAAACAAGAGGCCAACUGCAGCUGAAGCACUGAAGCACCCAUUUUUCCAGGCUUGUGUGUACAUACCCCCUUCUCUUAGACCAAAAGAACCAAUAUCCAAGCAUCGAUUUUCAGGAAAGGGAGCCUUUGAAGGAAAACUUGGCAAGCAGAACUUGGAGGUGGUAGCUAAUACAAAAACAUCAAAUAAUCAUCAUGCAGGAAAGAUACCCGAUCCUUUCUAUAAAGUACCACAACAGAAGGAGCCCUUGGAAAGACAGAGUGUGAAACAGGAACAAGGCAUUAAAAGUAAUACCAGACAGCCUCGUUACCAGCCUCCAAUCAGUAAUGGAAAAGAUCUAUCAGCUGUGGCUGGCAAUUUUGAGGGUGUCACUGGCAUCCGUGUUUAUCCUUCAAAUAGGCAAAUGGGAAGGGAAGUUUCAGGUCAUUCCUCUGGCACUUUAAUGAGACCUAGUCUAAAGGCAGGUGCAUGGCGAAAGCAGCCAGAGGUGUUUAAACAUAACAAAUCUGAACAGCAUGUCAGAGGCUUUGCUAAUGAUCACAAUCGUUAUGAUAAUCUUGCAAAUGUUGGUUAUUUUCGAAGGUUGUGAGCUUGGAAUCGGGUGGAAGUUCUGAGGAACAAUAAACUAUGGUGGCGAUAGCUUGAAUUGUUCUGAUAAGCUGUCCACUUGCUCGUUUUUUGUAUUUUUUGCGAUAACAUGUUCUAAUCUUGGUUCCACCAGUGCUAACUUUCCAAUGAAGGCAUAAGCAGUCCAGGCCUAAGCUUAUGCUACAAUUAUGAAACUUAGAAAACUAUAACUACAUAUAUUUGUGUGAUUCAAUGUGUCUUGCCUCUCUUAUGUUAGAGGGGGUGGCAUGCAGACACUUCCAUAAGGAUUUUGACUUCCAACAAUAAAUCGUAAGCAGUGUAUCUUAGUCUACAUCAGAAAUCAACUGUAAAACCUAAGAGUUUUUGCUUGUUAGUCUUUAAAUGUAAGCAGUUUAUCCUGUUUUAUGUCAAAAAUCAUACAUUAAAAUCUAAAGUUGUAUGCAUGUUGUCUUUUGAUCA